AUGGGGGUGCUUGAGACACGGCAACAGCACCAACGCUUUAUGGGGAAGGGAGGGGAGCAGCUGCAGCCCCAGCGCGAGAACGACUGCAACCCAAGCAGCUUGACGCUCGUGGACAGUGGCAGCGACCCACGCGCUUGGCUGGCUCCGCUGCAGCCUUCUGUCACCUGCGCGGCACACGCCGCCUCCCCUGACUACCUGCCGCACUCGCCCUGUCCCAGCUCCGGCUCCUAUCAAGACAGUGGCUCUCCGGCGUCAUCGGGACACUCCAGCCCGCCGAGCUACAUAAGAGCCGCCCAGAACCUCAGUUCGCUCAAGGUCAGAGAGCUGUGUCGGAUGAGCAGCUCACUGGGCUGCUCCGACGAGGCCGACGAAGACAGACAGAGAGCCCCGUCCGGCAGACCUGCGAACGGGGUCCACAAACAGAGACGCGUAGCCGCCAACGCCAGGGAGAGGCGGCGGAUGCACGGGCUUAACUACGCCUUCGACGAACUUCGGAGGGUCAUCCCGGCCUUCGACAACGACAAAAAACUAUCCAAAUAUGAAACUUUACAAAUGGCACAGAUUUACAUCAACGCCCUGGCGGAUCUGCUGGAAGGUCCGGUUGCAGCCGCUAAGGACACUAGCGUUUCCAACAGCGCUUCGAAGGUGCCCUCGUCAAGCCCCGGCUUCGACAAGGCGAAGGACGCGACCCCGCAGACCGCUGCGUCCUGCAAACGGGCCACCGCUGGGUCUGUGGUCGGGACCGGCUUGCCCGUGCAGAUCGACGUCCAGCUCCCCAUGCGCACGUCUUUUGACGAUGGUGACCUCUCAGCCAUGAUAGAAGAGGCGAUGUGUUUCCCCUCAACGUCCGCCUCGCCCUCCUCUUCGUCGUCCGGUCAGGGGGGGCAUGCAGCGGGGUCCGUGAAGAUCGGGGGAGGGAAAGAGUCGCCGAGGAGCGAUGGAGAAUUUUCUCCACAUUCACAGUUCAGCGACUCGGAUGAAAUGCAUAUGGAGCUUCACUCCAGUGAAGAGGACGAUCUCAGCCAUCACACUGUUUCCUUCUGA